AUGACGCUUUUCCCUGGGGUUGCUCUCAUUACCGGUGCCGCGUCCGGUAUCGGCCGAGCCACUGCUCUCGCGUUUGCCACUGCCGGAUGCCAGAAAAUUGCCACAGCCGACCGAUCAGUUGAAGGGUUGGCGCAAACGCAGGAUUUGAUCACUAAGGAGGCCCCAAAUGCAGCGGUUGAGGCGAUCAUGGUCAACGUCGCACUGCCCGAGUCAGUAGUAGCCAUGACAGCGCGCACCGUGGCCCGCUGGGGGCGUAUUGACUACGCCGUCAACGCCGCGGGAAUCCAGGGUCCAGCGCAACGCUCAACAGAGCUCACUCUUGACGAUUUUAAUGCGAUCAACAAUGUCAAUUAUCGCGGCCUGUGGCUAUGUUCACGCGCUGAGCUAGCCCAAAUGUCAACGCAGACCCCGUUGCCAUCCCAUGACGGUCGACCUGGCAACCGCGGUGCUAUCGUUCAUAUUGCUAGCCAGCCGGGCGUUGUAUCGCGAUCGACUGCACCGGCCUACUGUGCUAGCAAAUCCGCCGUCAUAUCGCUCACCCGUAGCGACGCCAUUGAUGUUUGA